AUGCUUUAUACAUUUAACCCAAUGCCAACAGGCAUGUCAUGUAAUUACGUGCUAUGUCCACUCAGCGACGCCGGAAUCUGCGGCCGCUACUUCGUCAUUCAGAAGGUCGUCCUUAGCGAUGACCCAUUACGUAUCGUGGAUGUUAGGGUCUACGUUGCUGACUCUAACCUUGACUGCGAGGCGUUACUCCACGAGCUUAUCUUAGACCGCCCUUCAAGUACGGUGAAAUUUCCCUUUAAAAUCACGGCCAUGAUCAUCCACGUGCGAGACACAGACGGGACAAUGAGUUCUGUUGAAGCACAACCGACGGACACAAUCCACACGCUCAGGGUGAAGAUAAUGUUAGAAGGCAUACCCCUAAGUGACUAUCGGGCACUCGUAUUUAACGGGGAGCGUUUAUGGGACAGCAAAGCAACGGUCUCCAGCUACGGCAUCAGAGACGAAGACUGUGUGGAUGUCAAAACUGUUUAUGUGGCCCAAGCUAUGACUGGAUUUUACGUUAACGUUGUCCAGCCGGAAGGGGAGGUUAUCAGGGUAGUGGCGGACGAAGCGGUGCCCGUGAUACAGAUCAAGCACGAAGUGGCACGCGUAGCGGGUGUGGAGGCGAGGAAGCAGCAGCUGAAGGCGGGCAGCGAAGAUAUGAAGGACGAGAAGAGGCUGAGAGACUAUGGCAUCACCGAGGAUGCUGUUGUGUGGAUGGAGAUCGAGGGCGGGACUAAGAGCAGGAGAGAUAAAAGAAGGGAAGGAGCAGGGGACGACAGCCUGAAGAAUGUGUUGCUAUCUCGGCCAUGAUCAUCCACGUGCGAGACACAGACGGGACAAUGAGUUCUGUUGAAGCACAACCGACGUACACAAUCCACACGCUCAGGGCGAAGAUAAUGUUAGAAGGCAUACCCCUAAGUGACUAUCGGGAACUCGAGUUUAAUGGGGAGUGUUUAUGGGACAGCAAAGCAACGGUCUCCAGCUACGGCAUCAGGGACGAAGAUGUGAUACAUGUUGGGAAUAUGAUAAUUUUCGGUGAGGAACAAGCUAUGACUGGAUUUUGCGUUAACGUUGUCCAGCCGGAAGGGGAGGUUAUCAGGGUAGUGGCGGACGAAGCGGUGCCCGUGAUACAGAUCAAGCACGAAGUGGCACGCGUAGCGGGUGUGGAGGCGAGGAAGCAGCAGCUGAAGGCGGGCAGUGAAGAUAUGAAGGACGAGAAGAGGCUGAGAGACUAUGGCAUCACUGAGGAUGCUGUUGUGUGGAUGGAGAUCGAGGGCGAGACUAAAAGCAGGAGAGAGAAAAGAAAAGAAAGGGAAGGAGCAGGGGACGACAGCCUGAAGAAUGUGUUGCUGUUUGCUUCCCUUCUGGUGUUAGUUCCUCUCAGUGUGUGGCUGGUCUAUAAACGUGGGAGUAAAAAUUAGUAAUGCGUUAUGUAAUUUCAUUUUUAUCAUUGCUGAUACUAAUGCAGAUGACUGAAGAAUAUGUUUCUCUGUAUAUUUAUAUACCUACAUUACAUGUUUUAUGUAUAAAUAUAUAUUUACAUGCACACAUGUAUAUCUAACACACUCUUAUUAUGCAUUCUGCCAUCGCAAAUGACUGCUCUUAAGCACACGACAAAAGUUAAUCCCAAUCUGCUAACAUUCAUCUAAGUGUGCAAUCGAACACAGAAUUUUGAGCUUUGUAAUUGCACAGGCUGUGCACUGGGCAUAAUGGCAGUUUUGAAUGGCUUCGUAAUUUCCCACUUGUACCCCAGAACGAGCUGAAUCCUGUGCGUGUGAUCAGGAUUGGCGGCGGAUGGAAGUUCUGAUCAAGGACUACAUAAGAUCUUUACUUAUAUAGACCUUGGCUCUGAUAAGGGGUGAUCACGCAAGCAUUUCAUCACCAACAAACGCCUGGUCUCAUUGGACACGCAAGAAUUCCCAUGUCCAAGGGCUGGUCCUCGGCGCACGGUCAGCAGUGUUCGGAGACGAAAUUUCUUGUGUAUGCAUUUUAAAGACUUAUGUCUAUCGCAUUGAGGUUUUAUUAAAUACGUGACAUUUUAAGUGUAUUUGGGACUGAUUAUCUCUGUAUGAAAUUAAAUUUUGUAUUUUAGCGCGAGUUUGAAAACAUAAACAAACACUCCUUUCAUUUCUUGUUAAGCAGGAGCACACCUACAUUUGUCUGUUCUUUCGUUCCUUGACACAUAUUUGUGAAUACGUAGUCAAGAAUUCUGCGAGAAGGACCAUGCCUCCUCCAGUAAUGCAAGCCAUGUUUGCUCACUGAAAGGAUGCCUUUGGGCCAUAGUCAUAUUGAAGCGUGACCUGUGUGCGCCCAGAACGAGCAGACUUUUGCGGGCGGCCACAGUUGGUGAUGAAAAUGGUCUUGUGGACGCGAGAUGCCAUUAGGAGAACCUGCCAACCCACUCAUGCUUUUGUUCAGUCUGAAAGCAACUGGAACUGCUUUACAUAUCCUCAUUGAGUUCAGCAUGUAUUUUCAUUUUAUGUUCUAGAUAAAUUGUCUCUAUAUAUUUUGCUAUUGAUAUUCUUCAAUAAACAGAGCAUUUA